AGUUGAAGACUUCAUGUAGCCUUUUUGAUAAAAGUCAGAAAGUGGGAGAAGGCACAGCCCAUAGGAAUUUGGAACUGCCAUAACAAAGCAGAGUGUUUUUUUUUUGUUAGUCUUCAUUCCCUAAUAUCCCCAUUAAAAUACUAAAAAACUAUUCUUAAAAUACUAAAACUAUUCUUUCCUUUUUCUAUAAAGAAAAGCCAACCUGAAAUUCCCCUACCCUUUCCCCAGUUCCCAGUUUCACAAUCCCAGCUCAGCAAGAGGCUUUCCUAAAUCCUACUACACACUACAGUGUCUAUUGUAACAAUACAAGAAAGAAAAGGAGCUGAACAUGUGGAGUAGACGUCUUAAUAGAUUGAAAUGGCUGUCUACUUCAGUAGCAACAAAUGUGAAAAACAAUAUGGGAUGGUGGGACCAUGUACUACCAGCUCCUAAGGAUCCAAUCACUAGUGUCACUGAGGCUUUCCUCUCUGACCAAAGUCCUUUUAAGCUCAAUCUUGGUGUGGGAGCUUAUAGAGAUGAUAAAGGGAAACCAGUUAUUCUUGAGUGUGUUCGAAGAGCUGCUGAAAAGAUUUCUGGCUGCGAAAUCUUGGAAUCAACUAAAGCAACAACAAAAUCGAAGUUUGUUCAGGACUGUGUUAAAUUGGCUUAUGGAAAUCACUCAAAUGUUGUUGGAGAAGGCAGGUUUGCUGGUGUUCCAGCUCUUUCUGGGACUGGUGCAUGCCGGCUGUUUGCGGAAUUCCAAAAGCGCUUCUAUCCUGACUCACAAAUGUUUCUACCAAUGCCAACUUGGUCCAACCACCAUGACAUUUGGAGGGAUUCUCAAGUUUGUACAAGGACCUAUCGAUAUUAUGAUCCUAAUUCAAAAGGGUUGCAAUUUCAAGCCCUCAUGAAUGAUAUCAAGAACGCACCAGGUCGUUCCUUUUUCUUACUGCAUCCUUGUGCUCAUAACCCCACUGGUGUUGACCCCAAUUAUGAGCAGUGGAAAGAAAUCUCACACAUAUUCAAGAUCAAGAAUCAUUUUCCUUUUUUUGAUAUGGCUUAUCAAGGAAUUGCUAGCGGGGAUCUUGAGAGAGACGCCACUGCUAUUCGCAUAUUUCUAGAAGAUGGACAUCUGUUGGGCUGUGCCCAGUCUUUCUCCAAAAGCAUGGGAUUGUAUGGACACCGAGUAGGUUGUGUCAGUAUUGUCUCCAGGGAUGAAAAGCAAGCCACUGCAAUUAAGAGCCAGUUGCAGCAAAUUGUCAGGGCAAUGUAUAGUAGCUCUCCUGUUCAUGGCCCAUUAUUAGUGUCAACAAUCUUGAAUGAUGCUGAUUUGAAGGCACUUUGGGAAGAGGAAGUUAAGUUCAUGGUGGAUCGCUUAAUCAGAAUGAGAAUUACACUACGUCGGACUCUUGAAGAGUUGAACUCAUCUGCAAGCUGGGAACACAUAACCAAGCAGGUCGGUAUGUUUUACUUCUCUGGUUUGUCCCCUGAGGAGGUUCGCCAAUUGCAGAGGGAUUUUCAUAUAUACAUGACCAUCGAUGGACGCAUCAGCAUGGCAGGGGUAACAAGCACCAAUGUGGACUACUUGGCAAGUGCAAUCCAUGAAGUUACCAAAGAGUAGAUAUUAGUUGGUCUGAAAUUUUGAAUUAGUUUGGCUUGGUAAGAAGCAGUUUAUAGAUUAAAAUUUUUUGUAAGGCCUUCUUUCCAAAGUACAUAAUUGUAGUUAUGUACCAUAUACAAUAUAUCCAGCGUCCUUAUUAAUCCAUGAUCAAUAGAAAAUCGAAGGGCAAAAAUCAGAAUUUCAA